UGUUCCAAUUCAAUUGAAUAAAACAUUUCUAAAUACGAGGUUCUCAUCCUCCGUUCAUCUUUAUCAUCAAAAUAAAAAUCAUGCUUAACUUUGGAUCUAAACAAUACCAUCACAUUUUAUUAACCAUGGUUGUCGUGGUCAUUGUGUCAACCAUUGUUUCGGCGAGAUAUCUACCAACCAGGAAUGAUGACACCAGAAAAGAGCAGAUUAAGGAGCUUCUCAGAAUGUUUUUGGAGGCAUCCAAUUCAAGUCCGGACGUCGAUUCAAUUCAAGGAACGGCAAAGCGUAGUCCAGGAAGUUUGUUUGAUUAUCGAGGGACCAACAAUCCCAGUUAUUUGAUUAAACGCACAGCAAUUGAAGAAGUUCCAAGCGGAGAUCUGGCUGCUUAAUCUCAAUCAUUAUCGAUGAUAAAAACAAGUCUUAAAUAACAUUGACAAAGGAAUUAUUGGCAACAGUUUACUUUUACGGACGUUAGAAGUCAUUAUGAUUAUUAUCACUAUCAUAUUCACACGAUUUCUUAAUUCAUAAUUUACUUUGAUUAUCAUUACAAUUGGUAAUGUAAACUACUCAAAAUGAUGCUGCUAAUAAUGAUAAUUGAAUAUAUUAAUAGGAGCGUUUGUAAACUGCGAUUGAUUUGGUAAAUAGAUGUUUUUUCAUCAUUGAAGCUGAAUCAGUUGAUUUGCUUUGGUAGCUUGGAUGUUAAAUUUUAAUUCUCAUCACUAAUCAUCAUUAACAUAUAGUAAUAAUCCGAAAGCAAAAAGGAUUCCAUAGAGUCAAUGCAAUAAAUGUCAAACUGUCGAAUAGAAUAGUAAACGAAUUUAGUUUCGUUUUAGAUUAGUUCUGAAUAUAUCUUGAUUAUUGAUUUUAAAAUGCAAUUUCUUUAGUGAUAUUGAAACAUUUUUGUUUGAAUUUUUUUAAACUUAUCGAUGGCUUUAAGUUGUUAAUUGUGAUUGAAUAUAAUAAUGAAAUCGUUAACUGUAAAGGCUUGCUUCUGUCCGUAAAAAUAAAUUGUUUACUCAAUUCCCUUGCUUUUGACUUCCUAAUGUUGUUACUGAUAAUAACUAUUAUUAUUGACAAAAUAAACUUUGCUGUAAUUGUUCAUAACUGAUCAUCACCGAAUGAAUCAAAACUGAAAUGAGGAAGUAAAUUUGUGAUUAUUAUUGAAGCAAAUAUGUUGUACAUAAUAAAUUACAGAAAAUAAAUAAAUGAUAAAAAA